CCUGUUUGCUGGAUCGCAGCGCGGGGAAGGAGCGAACAGGGAUACCGCGGCAUGGUCCAUAUCCACUUCGUUUGUUGAUGACCCACCCUUUUGCAUGCAUCACUCAGGAACGCAAAGCAAACUCCAUGCGCCUUGGGGCACGCAGCGCUCAACCCUCAACACACCUACCACCUGUUUUCUGCACUGUUUUUGACCCUGUAGCUAGCUGUCCACUCGAGUACUAUGCACACCACCGCCCAUCCCGCCGCACUGCAUCCAAUAUCUACUAUAACCGUCCAAAACUUAAGACUGCCGCCCGUCCUGGUAGCCCCGCGGUAGCACAACAGCACGCAUGUCGACCAGCAGCGCGGGCUGCAUUCCUGGGCCGCGCUGUUGCUGUGGAAGCAGCGACUGCGCCUUCCUCGCCCAUAAUGGCCGCCUGCUCGACGGCCUCGAACGGGACGUCUCCAAAGCUGCACAGCUCGGUCAAGCCCUGCUCGUCCGCCAUGAAGCCUACGUCGCCGACUCGGAGCGCGAGCGCCGGCAGAUGAUGGCCAAUAUCGAGCGCCUGGAGAACGAGAAGCUGGAACUCGAAGCCAAGAAUGCGCAAACGAUCAAAGAGAACCGCGACCUUCUGGACCAGCUCGAGCAGCUGAACGAGUCCGUCUGCGGCUCAGAUGCUCAGAUCCAGGCGCUGCAGGACACGCUGCGCUCGACCGAGGAGGAGCUGCAACGGCUGGCGUCGUUGGCCGCACGCACGCAGCUGCUGGAGGCGCAGCUAUUCGACCUGGAGAGGGAGCAGUCGCGGCUGCAGCACAAUCUGGAGACCAAAACAGUCGAUGAGCGCACGGCCAUACAACGCUGGCAAAAGGCCGAACGAACGCUUGGCGAUCUGCAGGAUCAGAUCGACCGUAUCGAAAGGGAGGCUGGUGAAGAGAGGGAACGCCAUGUUGAAGUCGUCGCGCGUAUGGAGCGGAGGAUGGCCGUCGAGGGCGAGCUGGGCUCAGCAGCAGCACGUCUAAAAGCAAAGGCCGGGCAGGAAAAGGGUGGUAGCACUGUCGUGUCUCAUUUUGUCAAGGACAUACUCUUGGACAAUGCGAAUCUGCAGCACGGCAUACUGGAGCUGCGGGAGAUGCUGGUCAACUCCAACGAGGAAGUCGAGCGGUUGCGAGACCAGCUGAGGAUACACCAGCCUGUCUCCACAUCGCCAACCCAAGAAGUUCCCAGGUCAACGCUUGACAAGGAGAUAGAUCUGGAGACUGACAUCGUCGAACCAGUGGGGGGUCAGGAACUGCACAUCCACCAUCACUACCAUGGAUCGAAACCAAGCAAGAACCCACCCAAGGUACAGGCUCAGCGACGAUACAGCAAGAAGAAGCGCUUCAGCCUCACAUCCGGUCAUUUCGAUCCUGCACCGCCCCUCGGCCGAAACUCGACCGCUACCAUCCUCUCCCAGACUGCCGUCACUGUACCCAAUUCUCACCGCUGGUCACAAGCAACGACACUUGGCCCUGGUUCCCUUCCAAGUUCGCCGGUAUCCGACUCGCAUCGCGGCUCCAUGUACGAUCGUGUGUUCAGCGAUGCAGCCUACGACUCCUCAAGACCUACCAGCCCCCCUGACUCGAUCGACAUGCACUCCCCCAUGUUUGGCCCUACAAACUCUAACGACGUUUCUUUCGACCUAGAUUCGACACCUCGUCACCACCGAAGGAGCAGAUCGCGGGGUCUGAAGCCCCCGAUGAUGCUGUCAACAUUCCGCAGUGCUAGUAGCCCAAUCGUCAUGGCCACCAAGAGUGCUGCUCAUGCUGUUAUCUCCGCUGUCAGCAGUCCCGUUGGCUCAUACACAAACGAUGCAUUCGCUCUUUCGCCCACCCCCUCAAUACACCCUGAACCUCAAGCCGCAAUACCCGAAGAAAAUGAGGAUGCCUCAGUCCUGGUACCCGAACACGUCCUAGUAACGCCAGACGAGACUGAAACCGACAAUGAUCUCAUAUCACCUGUCACGCAUACACGACCUGCGCUACGUCACCACGCAUCUCAUGAAUCGCUCAUAUCAAUUUCUGGAAUGGACAUACAUACCCUACAAUCUCGCCCUGCCCAACUUCUAAUGUCAAAUCGAUCACGCUUCUCCACACCGAAGGGCGCUGGCUCAGCAGAUCCUGAGCUCACUCCAUGGACAGCUACUGCUCACGGCAGCCUCUCGCAAGGCAGAGCUGAUAGCAACCGCAGUCGCUCUUUCCUGUACUCCACAAUCACAAAUCAGAAAUGUGGCCCACGCAAGAAUGAAGGACCAGCAACUGGCAAGAGCUCUGGAGGUUGGUUCUUCGGCAAGUGGGGCGCUACACCAACAUCUAUUUCGACAUCACCUGCCGCGUCACCGUCACUGCGGCCGACUUCCUCUGGGUCGCGCCAAACACAGUCUUCGCAAGACACCGCAAAAGCAACACCGCCUGAGCCUACAACCGCGAAGGGGAAAGCUGCCGCCAAAUCCACAGUUGCGAAGCCGAAGCUCAGGCCGAGUGGUGUCAAUCAGAACGGUCCGAUCUGGGGCUUUUUCGACAGCAUACCUGAGACCCCAACAAAGGUUGUGGUGAUGGACUACGACGCUGAGGCGUUGGGAGAGGCGCUGAAUGACCGCAGUCCACCUCGUGUGAUCAGUGGAGUCUAAGCGGGAUCAGUGGGCUUGUGUAUGACAUUUGUUCAUACUACUUUUUGGAUACCUCAUCUAUUACUAACUUUUACUAUCAUUUAAUAACUUUCCUACUGUUUGGGAUAAAAGAAACGCGUUGUUCACUUUUCUUUGAAUAGAAGAACCAUAUGUGGAUACGACAGAUGUGCUUGGAUAGAGGAAACGAGAGGGCUUUGUGCAUGGAGAGUGGUGGAUUGUGAAUAUACCCCGACACCGUACGGUCGUCUCAUAUGUAUGGCAAGAGCAGAGAAUAGCAUAAUACUUAACCGUUUGU